AUGGUGGGAUUAUUGGUCUUGCUACUGGUUCUACUUCCUAAUGCUAUAUGCAAACCUCCCAUUGUUAAAUGCCAUGUCCAUGAUCCUCACUCUCCACUUCAUCAGUAUCAUCAGGAAGGAGACCUCAUCAUUGGUGGCAUAGCCUCUCACAGCAUCAUCGUCUCCAGUUCAAUAGCCUUCACCGAAAACCCCCCACCAACAUUGCUUGAAGAGCUAAAAGUGGUGCCAAAGAAUUAUCAGCACAUCCUGGCCUUGCAAUUUGCAGUGAAGGAGAUCAACGAAAACCCUCAGCUCUUACCCAAUGUCACUUUAGGCUUCCGCAUCUAUGACAGCUAUUUCAAUGCCAAAUGGACCUCUCAUGCCACAAUGUUACUCAUAUCCACACUGGAAACAUUUGUCCCCAACUACAUCUGUGACAUCAAGAAAAACUUGAUAGCCAUCAUUGGGGGACUGGACAACCAAAUUUCCCUUUAUGUGGCAACAAUCUUGGAUAUCUAUAAGGUUCCACAGCUCAUAUACGGCCCUGCUCCAGUGAUGAAUGAUAAAACUCCAGGCCUUUUCUUCUACCAGAUGACGCCCAAGGAAACCCACGAGUAUAAGGGGAUCCUGUCUUUGCUUCUGCAUUUUAAGUGGAUAUGGAUUGGGAUCCUUACUUUCUAUGAUGAGAAUGCAGAAAGAUUUGUGCAAACUGUGGUCCCACUUUAUUCCCAGAAUGGCAUUUGUUUUGCCUUCAUAGAAAGAAGUCACAAAUUUACUUACGUCUCUGAAAUUCACGAUAUGUUCAAACUGGGUGCAAAAAUACAUGACAAAAUAAAUGAUAGCAAAGCCAAUGUAGUCUUGUUUUAUGGAGAAUCAUAUGCUGUGGCCUUUUUUAGAUGGUAUCCUUACCUAUCAGAAUUGAAACAAAGUUCAAAUAAGCCAAAAGGUAAAGUGUGGAUCAUGACAGCCCAGGUGGAGCUCACUUCUUUUGUCUAUCAACGGACUUGGGAUACAGAAAUACUCCAUGGGGUUCUCUCAUUCACAACUCACUCAAAUGACCCACCAGGAUUUCAUCAAUUUGUCCAGAGCAAAACCCCUACCAGCCCGAAAGGAGAUGGCUUCAUCUUGGACUUCUGGCAACAGGCAUUUGGCUGUUUCCAUCAUUUUCUGAGGCGUAUCUCAUUUAACAACAGCGCUGGGGAUAAGAUUUCCUUGGACCAGAAUGGGGAGAUACUAGCUGGAUUUGAUAUUACCAAUUGGAUUCUUUUCUCAAACCAAUCCUUUCAGAGAGUGAAGGUAGGAGGGAUUGAUUCCCUCGCUCCUCCACAGCAAGCGUUGACCAUCAAUGAGGGAGCCAUAAAAUGGCACCAUUGGUUUAACCAGACACAGCCUAAGUCUGUAUGUACUAAGAGCUGCCGCCCUGGUUUUUGCAGGAAGGUGAAGGAGGGGGAAGCAUUUUGCUGCUACGAUUGCAUCCCAUGUCCAGAAGGGAAGAUUUCAGACCAGGAGGACAUGAAUGACUGCUAUGAAUGUGAAGAUGAAAAGUAUCCAAACACAAAUAAGACUAUAUGUAUUCCCAAGCAUGCAACUUUCUUGUCCUUUGAAGAACCUCUGGGCCUCAGCUUAGCCUGUUCUGCUUUUUUCUUAGCUUUCAUUACAGCACUGGUACUGGAAAUAUUUGUGAAGCACAGGGACACUCCCAUUGUGAAAGCCAACAACCGGGACCUCACCUACGCUCUGCUCAUCUCCCUCUUGCUUUGCUUCCUUUCCGCAAUACUAUUUAUCGGAUAUCCUGACAAAGUGAUGUGUCUCCUCCGACAAACUGCUUUUGGCAUCAUCUUCUCAGUGGCUGUUUCUUGUGUGCUGGCAAAAACCAUCACUGUGGUUCUGGCUUUCAUGGCCACAAAACCAGGAUCCAGGAUGAGGAAGUGGGUGGGGAAAGGACUGGCAAUCACUAUUGUCCUUUCCUGCUCCCUUAUCCAAGCACUCAUCUGCACUGUAUGGCUGGUGAUCUCUCCUCCAUUCCCUAAUGCUGACAUGAAGUCAGUGACUGAAGAAAUUGUACUGGAGUGCAAUGAGGGAACUGUGACUUUCUUUUACUGUGUCUUGGGCUACAUGGGCUUCCUAGCUUUGGUCAGUUUCACUGUGGCUUUCCUUGCCCGGAAAUUACCUGACAGUUUCAACGAAGCCAAGUUCAUCACUUUCAGCAUGCUGGUUUUUUGUAGUGUUUGGUUGUCCUUUGUUCCUUCCUACAUGAGCACAAAGGGGAAAUACAUGGUGGCUGUGGAGAUCUUCUCUAUCUUAGCCUCCAGUGCUGGCUUGUUGGGUUGCAUCUUUUCCCCAAAAUGUUACAUUAUUUUGUUGAGACCUGAGCUGAACAAUAGGGAUCACCUAAUAAGAAGAAAAUGCUAA